UAAAGUUUACAAGAAGUGCUAAAGAGGCAACGGGAGGCUGUCAAAAUAUUUGUGUAUAGAAAACUACGAAAGUCAAACGAAAACAAAUAUACCUGUUUUCUGAAAAAAUUUAAGUUCGAUCGAUAAAUUAAUAUCCUUGUUUUGUUAAGUGGGUUCUGUAAGUUGUGAUUGUAGUAGAAAGGAGGUAAAUAACUAAGAACCUCAUUAGAACCGGAGGGGGCCAUUAGGUCCAUUUGAAAAUGUCACAAAGCGCAGUUCCUGUACCUCGUAGAAGUGGAGCUGCAGAAACUCCAAGAUUUGGCGAUGCUACAGAAUGGGAAGCGCGCGAGGCCCAAAGGCAGCGCGAACUGGACGAAGCACGGGCUCGAGCUGCCCAAAUGGAAAAGACAAUGAAAUGGUGGUCAGAUUGCACAGCUAAUUGGCGCGAAAAAUGGAGCAAGGUACGCACAGAACGCAAUAAAGCUCGAGAAGAAGCCAAACAGUUGAGGGCAAAUCUUGAUAUAGCCAUGAAGGAAUCCAAUUCGUAUAAGCGAGAGAAAAAUGACCUCGAGAUGCAGAUAUCUCAACUCAAAAAAGAAAUGGAAAAAGUCCACACACUAAUGAUGAAACAUGCCGAUCAAUUUCAUAAAGCAGGGAUGUGUGAUGUGUCUGAAGAUGUUGAAGCAAAUGGACGUGAUGUUACCUGCUCGCCAGAUGUUUCCUCUGAUGGUUUAAAAAAUGUAAACAGCGAAGAUGGAUUGGUCACUAAGGCAAUUUGCAAUGAUAUUAAAGAUUUGGACAUUGAAGAAUAUGUGCUAAAGGGCGCAGUGCCGAAAAAUGUUUCUGACAUAGAUGAAGUGUCGGCUGAGGAAAAACGUCUGAUUCAGCAAUUAUCUAAAGAUGACUUUGAUGAAGAGUAUUUGCUUCAGAAAAUUUCUAUGCUUCAAUUGCGUUUAGAUGAAGGGCAGAAGACGGUGCAAGCAGAAAGAGAAGAAAAAAAUAUUUUACACAAAACGAUUGAAAAGUUAACUUUAGAGAUACAAGAAGUACGAGAUCGUCAAGAAGAGCUGCGUCUUGCUAAGCAGGAAGCUGUACGUGAAUUGCUUACACUACAGGAACAACACCGAGCUGAAAUGCGUAUAAUAAACAAUUCAUUGCAAGAAGAAUCUGCGUCGCGAGAAAAUUUGGAAAGACGUUUGGCAGAACUACGAACUGAGUUGGAACGUCUACAGGCUGAAAAUGCUUCAGAAUGGGGUAAACGUGAGCGUCUCGAAACUGAGAAACUUGCGUUGGAGCGCGACAACAAAAAGCUACGAGCUGAAGUACGUGAUUAUCAAGAGCGUUCCGAACGUAAAGGGCGUCCCAUGCAGGCGAAUGACGUUGAAGUACGCGCGCUACAACAAGAGUUGUCAGAUCGCAAUAAAGAAAUUAGUGAGAUUAAACUAUCACAUUCCAAAUUGAAGAAACUUUUAGCCGAAACUAAUACAGAGUUAGGGCAUGCCGUACGUCGAGCAGAACAAUAUGAAGCUGAGGUAAAACGUUUACGUCAGCGAGUGGAAGAGUUGAAACGUGAAUUAGCUGGUGCUGAAGAUGAAUUAGAUUCGGCUGUAAAUCAAGUACGCCGCUUGCAACGCACCAAUGACGAAUUAGUUGGCCAAACCGAAGGACUGCAAGUGCAAAUACAACAUUUACAAACCAGACGUGCACACAGUCCUCAAUUGCGCACCAUCGGUGGUGUACAGUUGCGCAACAAGAUCGCUGUAGAAAUUCCUAGUGAAUGCUUGCCCAAUAUUAAUGAUCUACGUCAGAUUUUCGAUGAUCAACCAGCUGGUAGUCGUCAUAGCCACAAUGCGGCUAGUAGUUUACCAAAUGGUGGUGGUGUUGCCGAAGUGGCCAUUCCGAAACGCUCAAGUCACACUGAACGUACUUUGAUGCAACAAACCAGCACUUUUUUCGAUGCAAAACCGUCACAUUUGGAAGAGAAUAUAUUUGAGUCGAAAUCGCGUAAUCUCGAAUUCGAGCGUGCCAAACAAAAAUUUGAUAAUCCAUCACAUCUACAGCACCAACAUCAUCACCGCCAGCGCGAGCAGCGUGAACGAUCAUCGGGUAGAUUUGCUGGUGGUCAAGCUGGCCAACAACAACAGACUGGUGGUAAUCGCUCCAAUCUGGCAUUGCCACUAAAAACGACCACCAACUCGGGCAUGGUCAUUAGCGGUGGCGGGAGUGGCAGUGGCAGCGCGAGUUUGAAUUCGAAUUCGAUUGCGACUUCGAAUUCAAAUCCCAAUACAAGUAAAGAUGAUAUAAAUCGCCAAUUAUUUAAUGAUGAUCAUUCGCAUUCCUCGACGUCUGGUGGUGGCAGUGUUGGUGUAGCAGGUGUGGUGGGUAUUGGUGGUACUGCUAGUGCCACCAGCACUGGCCAAUAUACCAGAAUGGAUGCUGGUAGUGGCGGCGGAGGUAGUGCUUGUGGCAGUUAUGCAAGGAACAGUAUUAAUUUAGAUGGCCUCAAAGUGUCUGAUGAUGAGUUGUAUGCGUUUAAGUGUAUACUCCGUAAUUACGGCUCAACGAGCUUACUACUAGACGAUGAAACUGAAGGAAACAGUGAUGAGGGAAUUUAAAUCAUCGACCGAUUUUAAACACUAAAAUAUAUAAUCAUAUAUUUAAAAGCAAUAACAUAAAAGUAUUCCACAUUCGACUAUUUAAAUAAAUAUAUUAUACAUACAUAUAUUCAUACAUACAUACUUCUAAAGUUAGUUUUAAGCUAUACUAAUUUGUUCAUGAUUUUCUUGAAUAUAUGCAACAAACUACAUA